CUUCCAUUCGCGAGAAUUACUGUUCUCUAAAAUAAAUCCACAUUUAAAAAAAAAAUCCACAAAUAAAAUAAUAUGAAAUCAUUACUCUCCAAACAUCUCUAAAACUCAGCAUAUAUAAAUAACUAACACACACACACACAUCUCUAAAACUCAGCAUAUAUAAAUAACUAACACACACACUGACACACACACCUUGUUUGUACACCAUAAUAACAUAAACAAAACACAUGGCUAAGCUCAUUUUCUUCCUCGCCGUCCAAAUUAUCUUCCUCGCUGCCGUAUCUUCCGCCGGAGACGACGGGGAAGACUUCGCCAGAACCAUAGACCGUAAAAUCCUCGGUCUUCACAAGAAAGAGAAACUAACACAUUUCAAAGUGUAUUGGCACGACAUCUUAAGCGGUCCAAAACCAAGCUCCAUCAGAAUCAAGCCACCGGUUACAAACUCUACCUCCUACUUCGGAGGAGUCACUAUGUUCGACAACGCUUUGACGGCAACAGUUCAGAUAAACUCCACGUUGUUGGGCCAGGGUCAAGGGUUUUACUCCGGAGCUGCUCAAAAAGAGUUUAGUUUUCUAGUGGGGAUGAACUUUGCUUUUAAGACAGGAAAAUACAACGGAAGCACGAUCACAAUUCUUGGUCGUAACCCUGUGUUGUCGAAGGUUAGAGAAAUGCCUAUAGUCGGAGGAAGUGGGCUUUUCCGGUUUGCUAGAGGCUAUGUUGAGGCUCGUACAAAACUGCUUAACCUAAAGAACGGUGAUGCUAUUGUUGAGUACAGUUGUUAUGUUUUGCAUUAUUGAUGUUAAUGAUGUUUGUGUACUAAUUCUCCUUUUUGCAUGUGGUGUCCCCGUGUGUGUGGUGGAUUUGUUGGAGUAGGUUCGCUUAUUUCAACUUAAAUGAUGUAAUAAUAUUUAUUCAUUUGCAAGGAGCUUUUUUUCUAUUUGCAAAAGAAUCUCCACGAUUAUUUUUGAAAGAAAAUGAUGAUAUAUUUCAGUUUUAAAUUUCAUUUUAAAUAUGUUGUUUAUGGUUUCGGACCGACAACCUGAUGUGGUCAACAAAGAGAUCCAAUGAAGGACACAUAAUGGUUUGGCAUAAUAAGUAAAACAAUUACACCCAAAAAAAAGUAAAACAAUAAUUUAUGCUACUGGUAUAUAAUCCUUUUGAGGGAAAAAAAAAAGGAAAGCGCAACUCUAUUGCUAGUAUUAAAAAUAGUAUGAUAUAAAAAAUGAAUUAGAGAAUGAAGAAAUAUGCAAUUAAAACUACACUAAAAUCUAUAAAACACCAUAUCACUUGUUUAUUUCCAGUUGAUUUAAUUCUUUAAAGUUUUCAAAUUUAAAUUAGUUAUAUUUUUUUAAGUGGUUAGAUUUAAUAGUAUAAAUAAGUUAUAUUUUAUUAUUUUAAAGUAUUUAAAUAUAAUAUCACGAUAAUUUUAAUAUUACAAAUUAAUUAUGUUUAGUUCUUUUAACAUUUUACAAUAUUGUUUCAAAUUUCAAUGUAAUUUUUAUUGAAUUUAUGUUAUAUAAUUGUUUAUAUUCUGCUAUUUGUUUUUCUAUUGACUGAAAUAUAGUCAGUUAAAUAGUUAAUGAUCUUUUUAUUUAGAAAUUAUAUAAAAUUAAAUAUUUUAUCACAUAAAUCCAAAACAUGAAGUUUGUUGUGUAUACGUUGAAGGAAAUAUUGAUAAACGCUGCAUGUUUGUGAGCUUUUUAAGCGUUCUCCUUUAGCUUUCAACUCUCUCGUCCAAGAAGUAGAAGCUCCCCCCUCUCCUCUCCUCUCAUAAGAUCAUUUAGUGUCUAUUUCCAUGAACAAUUCUUUGCAACUUCAGAAAAUUUGACUUAACCGCAGAAACAAAAACAGAAAUGAAAAUCUGCUUUUCACAAUGGUGGUGGACUAAGAUCAGACAUUUGCAUGAAAACUACAAUCUUGCCAAAUAAAAUGACACUGAUACACUCAAUUGUUGAUAACCAAGAAUUGUAUAUUAGGCGAAAAAGAUAGCUCGAGACUUGAAGCAGAGUUUUGAGGAUAAACCUGUCCAAAUUCAGGAUCUUUCGGAUUUAAUAAGAGAUU